AGGAAAAAUCGAACUUUGUUCAGUUUGAUAGGUAAAAUAUCGAUUAUGGAGAAGAAAAUAUCAGUUUAUAGGUAAAAUAUCGAUUAUAAAGAAGAAAAUUUCCCCCUUUAUACGAUGAUAAUGGUGAACAGAAAUAUGCACACUUUUUGGGGACGGAAAAGCUUCCUUCUGACCCUUUACAUACAUUUUGGCGGCAUUAAUUUACCAUUCCACCAUGCAUGGUAUAACAGUCAAACUAGCCAACUACAUAUUGUCUGCCAAAUAUUUCUCUUUUUUUCUUUCAGUGACUGUUAACCUUCGCAGAAAUCGAGUCCGACUAAUGUCUUUAUAAGUGCAGCACUUUAAUGACGCACUGGGAUUGGAAUUGUAUGAAUAAACCAAUAAUGGAUGGACAUUAAAAAGAUAUCAAGGAUUCGAUUCGUUUGUCGAUAUAUAAAGGAUUUCGAUUGGGGAGGUUUUCAUUUCUCAAGUAACGUUGUAUUACAGCAGGAACAGGAUGAAGUGGCCCCUCUUUAAACGCCUCAAACCGGCUCCAUUGUCUGAAGAGGUGAAGUCAAAAGAUGCAUGCGUCUACUUCUAUCGCUCCAUGACCAUAAUAGGCUGGCUGCCACCUGAAAAGGGUCUACAUCGAUGGCUCUAUUUGCUUUGGACUGCCAAUACUAUACUUUGGGGCAUUUUCUAUUUGCCCUGCGGACUAUUUGCGACCUAUUUCGUUCACUUUGACAAAUUCACGCCGAACGAGUUCCUCACCUCCCUGCAGGUUGAUCUAAAUGCAUUUGGAAAUUCGGUAAAGGCUUGUGUCACGUUUUCCCAGAUUUGGCGAUUGAAGAAGAUGAAUGAGUUGAUUGCCCAGUUGGACGAGCACUGCGUGACACCGACACAGCGGGAAAAGCUGCAUAAGACCGUGGCCUGGGGCAAUCGCACCGUGUUAUUCUAUGCCACAAUGUACAUUGCCUUCACCACCUCGACUCUGUUGUCGUCUGUUUUUGCUGGAUCACCGCCCUGGCAGCUGUUCAAUCCCCUUGUCGACUGGAGGCAGGGGGUUGGCAAUCUGUGGCUGGCAUCUCUCAUGGAAUACUUUGUCAUGUGCAUUGUCGUGAUUCAGGAGCAACAGUCGGACACCUUUCCCAUAGUGUUUACCUUUCUAUUUCGUGGGCAUUUGGCCAUUUUAAAGGAUCGCAUUGAGAAUUUGCGGGCAGAUCGUCAAAUGACCAACGAGCAGAACUACGAACAGUUGGUAACCUGCAUUAAGGAUCACAAGAUAAUAUUGGAAUGCUGCGACAUAAUGCGCCCAAUGAUAUCGGCGACUAUAUUCACACAGUUUAUGCUGAUUGGCAUGGUCCUCGGCUUGGCCAUAAUUAACAUCUUCUUUUUUUCAUCCUCCAUUUGGACGGCUGUGGCAAACAUUUCAUUCGUAUUUGCCUUGCUACUGGAAACUUUCCCGUUCUGCAUGAACUGUGAGCUCUUGAUCGACGAUUGCCAAGCCCUGACAGAUGCCAUUUUUCACUCCAACUGGAUGGAUGCAGACAGCCGAUACAAAUCGGCGCUUGUAUAUUUUCUUCACAGAGUGCAGCAGCCGAUUCAAUUUGUGGCCGGGGCCAUUUUCCCCAUAUCCAUGCAGAGCAACAUUGCAGUGGCCAAAUUUGCCUUUAGCAUCAUAACGAUUGUCAAUCAAAUGAACUUGGGCGAAAAGUUUCGUGAACAGCAUUAAUAUAGUCAAUCUAGAAUGUGGCUCCACAUCAGUUGCCAUCGAACGAGACUUGUUAAAACGAAUGUCAAAGUUAGUCUUACUCUGGAUUUUAAAAUAGAAACCAUAAUGAUUCUCACAGUCUCUUUUAUUCGAUUCGUUAAGUUCUGUAUUGUUUGCUGUUUGGAAUUUUACAGGUAAGUUUAAAUAAAACGAAGGUGCUUCGCCCCGGGAGAGUGUAUCAUUUCAUAUUCCUAACAC